AUGAAAACUGAAGUAUGGUAUGAUGAGAUAAGAUGGUACGAACUAAGGCAGGGUAAAUAAGGCUCAGAGUAGGGUCGGGGUCAGAGAGAGCAAGGGAACUGCUGUUGCGAUACAUAGGUUGUUUUAGAGGUAGGGUAGGGUAGGGUAGGGUAAGGUAAGGUAAGGUAAGGUAGGGUAGGGUAGGGUAGGGUAGGGUAGGGUAGGGUAAGGUAAGGUAGGGUAGGGUAGGGUAGGGUAGGGUAGGGUAGGGUAGGGUAGGGUAAGGUAUCGUAGGGUAGGGUUGGGUAGGGUACUGUAGGGUAGGGUAGGGUAUUUUAGAGUACGGUAGAUAUAAAAUCACAAUUCAUUUUGUAAUACUGAGGCCAGGGCCGGGCGGGGACUUUUGGUCUGGGGGCAGGGGUCCAAAAAAUCGGCACAGGCCACGUUCAAAUUUUUUCGAAAAAUUUUUUUUUGGGCGGUGGGUACCCCCCCCGUCUCCCCCCGUCUCCCCCCCCUCGCGCCCGGCCCUGACUGAUGCUAUACCUGCCUUUAAUUUUGUUUUUUCGUGUCUAUAAGUAAAUUAAGAACGGUCAGGUUUUUGGCGUGUUUUUUUCUUAUUUGUCGUUCUUUCUCGAAACCCACGCCGUUCCCACCAAAUUAUAAUGUGCUCAAAUUCUGGGGUUUUGUCUGUUUUCCAGACGAACUUCAGUUUUCUUCAAUAUUUUUUUAGAUAUUUAAUUUUUUUGGGGAAAAAUAUUAUUUUAGGUAACAAAAUUUUCAGAAAAUAUUUUUUUUAUAUAAAAAAGAAUGGCAGAAAUGAUAACAUAUUGCUAUAAUUAAAGCCUAAACUGGUGUUAUUGAUACUCAAAUAUCUUUUUUAUCAAGUUUUUGGUUUAACGUUACAAAUUAUAUUGUUUUAGGUUUGGAGACAUGGACCAACGACACAGCGGCCAAAUCGCCCGAAAAUCACAGAGUAAGCCUUAACGAUGACUUUUAUUUUAUUGGCUUUGGGGAGAGAAGGUUUUGAAUUUUUUUUGAAUUUUUUGGUUUUUUUGAAAAGUUCUUUCACAUAAGCCUCAGUUGUUGUUAGGGGUAUAAUAUAAGCCUAAAAUGCUAUUACGAGAGAAUAUAAGCUUAGAUUGCUGCUAGGGGUAAACUAUAAGCCUAAUUUUUUGUUAGAUGUAUAAUUUAAGCCUAAAUUGCUGCUAAGGUAUAACAUAAGUUUAAGAUGGUGUUAGGAGUAUAAUAUAAGCCUAAUUUUGCUAUGACUUCAAUAUAAGCUUACCUUGGUACUAGUGUUGUAAUAUAAGUGUAAAUUGACGCUAGGAGUAUAGUAUAAGCUUCAAUUGCUGUUAUAAAUAUAAAAUAAGCCAAAGUUGAGGCUAGUAGUGUGCCUAAAAGAUUGAGAAAGGACUAAUGUAAGCUUAAGUUGACGCUAGGAGUAUAGUAUAAGCUUCAAUUGCUGUUAUAAAUGUAAAAUAAGCCUAAAAUGUUGUUAGUAGUAUAAUAUAAGCCUAACUAAUUGAGGUAAGGCUGAUUUAAGCCUAAGAUACUGUUAUGUGCUUAAGGUUUAACUGCUAAUCUACGCCUAAGGUAUUGUUAUUUGAGUAAGUUUCAGCUUCAAAAAAAGGGUUAUUUAAGCAUAAGAUUUUUAUUUUAAGCCUAAAUUUUUUAAAACUAAAAAAUUUAAAAUUAAAAUUUCAAAUUCCAGCCCCUCCUCCUUCCCAGCACGUCCAGUCCUGAGCGAAGAACGCCGAGCGAUCAAAUACUAAGCCUAAUCACACGUCGCACCAAACAGAUCUCGCCCGAGUUCGAACUUCUUAUGCAAACCGUGCCCCGACCGGUGAAUGGCAUGGUCAGAACGUACGACAACAAGAAUCGAACCUUUCAACGACCGUAUUCGGCUAAGACUGUGUUCUUCUACAAAGACAACGACGUCUACUUCACGGUGAGUGUGGGAACUUUGUUUACAGGGGUUUAGUAGGGAAAGAACUUUGUUUGGAAAGGUGGAGAAAAGGGUUGGACGCAGGGCAGGGCAGGGCAUUUCAACAGGGCAUUUUUUUGAAUUUCGUUUUCCCGCCAAACUCAUAUCUUGAAAACUGUAAUAGCUAUCAAGAAAAUAACAACGUAAAAUGGAUUAGCAGUGUUUAAAACCCAUUUCUAGAAUUUUUUGCGUUUUUAGGCCUAGCCAAAAAAAAAAUAAAAAAAAGCGCGCCAAAAAACAAUUCAAAAAUGCCCUGUUACAGGGCCCAUGCCCUGCCCUGCGUCCAACCCUGGAACUUUUUUACACGGGUUAAAAUGGCAAGAACUUCCUUUACAUAUGUUGAAAUUGCGAGGAGUUUCUUUAGAGGGGUGGGAAUAGAAGGAACUUUGUUUACAGGGGUGGGGAUAGAAGGAUCUUUCUUUACUAGAAUUAUAAUGGAAGAAACUUUUUUUUACGGAGGCUUUAAUGGAAAGAACUUUCUUUACAAACAUUAAAAUGGCAAGAACUUUUUUUACAAACCAUAAAAUUGCAAAAACUUUGCUUACAAAACGUAAACUGCGCAGAAUGCAAAAUAUUUAUUAGGUAUAAAUGCUUUUAUAUUGGGUUUAAUAUCUCGGCCGUAAUACGCUAAAUUUUGUUAUGGUAUAUCUGCCAAAUUACCUUAAUAUUGAUUGUGGUAUCUGGCUUAAAAUGCUUUGGUAUUAGCCGUGGUAUAUUGUGUAAAAUACGUUCACUGUGUCAUCUUGAAAGCCUAGUGUAUUAGUUAUAGUAAAUUCAUACUGAUCGUAGUAUUUUGGAUGGUUUUCCUUGGCUUUGACUGUAGUUUGGUUGAGAGUUUAUUAUAAAAAAGCUUUACUGUAAAUGUAUAAUGUAUAAUAUAAUAUAACUUCAAGCCUUAUUUACAACAUUUUUGUUUAGGGCCUGCGAGUUCCAGUAACAAAAGCACGGUACAGAACGAUCGAUUCUUUGUUGGAUGAUUUGAAUGGCAACAUACAACUGCCGUUUGGAGUACGACACUUGUAUACACCACAUGGCAGAACUCGCGUAACUGAUGUGACUCAACUUGAACAUAUGGGGAAGUAA